UUUCAAAUGAGUAUCAGCUAUCCCCUGCACCCGCCAAAACCAAAGGGUUCUCAUUUCCACCGCUCCUUAUGAUUGUUUUUCCACGAACGAAAGCCAAAUCUUCAUUUUACUCUGCGCUCUUUAUACCCUAAACCUCUUCUCUCUCUCGAUCUCUCAUGGUUGUUAGUUUGUUCAUAGCCAAGAAGAGUGAAAACAAUGGCGGCAGAUCAAAAUCGGCUUAGAACGUGCGUUGUAAUGGGAGGGCAAGGCUUGAUUGGCGCAUCGCCGGACGGAAGGCCGUUGAGCCUCGGCAACUGGAUUGUCCGAGUUUCUGGCUCAGCUCUACCGCUCCAUGAACUCGACCUUGAAUCCGUGUGGCUUCUCUCCCCAGACACGUCCGAUCACUGCAUUGAUGUCCGCUGCACAGCUCAGAUUGCCAAUGAUCAUUUGAAGUGGAAUGUGGAUUACUGUCAAGCUGUCUACCUUGAUAUAUCGAACAUAGAAGGAAAGGCACAAGAAGGGAAGGCAGAGGAAGGAAAGGCACAAGAAGGGAAGGCAGAAGAAGGAAAUGAGGAAGGAAAGGCAGCAGAAGGAAACGAGGAAGGAAAGGCAGCAGAAGGAAAUGAGGAAGGAAAGUCAGCAAAAGGAAAUGAGGAAGGAAAGGCAGCAGAAGGAAACGAGGAAGGAAAGGCAGCAGAAGGAAACUCAGAAGAAGGAAAUGCAGAAGGAAAGGGAGAAGGAGGGAAUGCAGGAGGCAAUGCAGAAGGAGGAAAUGCAGGAGGAAACUCAGAAGAAGAAGGAAACGGAGAAGGGGAUGAAAACGGAGAAGACAGUGAUAAAAGCGAAGGAGAAGGUGAUUCUGGUGAAGAAGAGCCUAGGAAAUUGAUAUGUCGUAAAAUAAUAACUGCUUACGAAGAACAAACAGGAUCAAUUGAAAUUCCAACUGCACUGGGAAGGGCAAUAACUGUGCAGCCAAAUGAAGCUAUGAACAUCUAUCUAGUGAAGGGGGGAACCCAAGGCAAAGCUCUAAAAGUUAGAAGAAGAAGUGAUGGGAGAGUCUUUUCAGAAAAAGAAUCCACCUUGGAUGCUUCCCUAUUCUUGGAGUUCUUUGAAGGCACAGAAAUCCUUUUCUAUGAGAGGCCCACAGAUGAUGCAAAUUGGUUCGAUGUAAAAAUCAGUAAGCGAUCAACGCCUUCAACGUCUGAGUAAUCUGGAUCGGGUGGCUUAGACUCAUCUCCUGCAUAGAUGUUUUAGGCUCUGAUGUGAAAUCCAUGGCCUAGCAAAUACUUCAUAGUACUUUUAGAAUACACUCUGCAACUGUAAAUGUUAGAGCACAACACAAACCUGACAGUUUCUUUUUUUCCAAAGAAAGAUAAAUGAAAAUGUAAAGGACAACACAACACAACUGUAAAGGACACAAAAAAAAAUUCCACUUUCUAGAUAGACUUUGAACAAAAUAUUGCCGUAGACCAUAGUUUGGAUGACAUUGUUGGAAAUAUGAUGAUAAAUAUAAUUUUGAG